AAGUGGUGGCUAGCGCCCAGGCAGUUCUCCCGGUACCGAUCAUGGAGAAGGGAAGGCGCGUGGCCUGACAGUGUUCAGCUCUGGGUGCGGGGCAGAGGACUGUGCCGCUGCGCUAAGAAAACCAGGCUGGGAAUGCAGUCGCGGGGGGCGUGGUAUUGUGCUACGUCAUGAGGAGGUGGAGUUAACGAUAAUUUGUCCCUGGGGGAGAGGUCAUUUCCCAAAUGAGCGGAGGGGGCGUGGCCCUCCUCGGAGUGUGGCGGCAAUGGGCCUGCGCGCUCCAGAGUCAGGGGUCACGGCGACGUAGGCUGUGGCGGGAAACGCUGUUUGAAGCGGGCGAGUAGAGGAAGAAGGGGCAUUGGCAUUCAGCCUGGCAGGGAAGGAGACUUGAGACGAGCACGAAGGCCUGAAAGAGGUUACAAGGGGUCGCGUGGGACGUGGUGGCAGGCGGAGUCCCCUUGGCCCAGGGACGUGCAGAAGAGGUGCAGGGGCCAGAAAUCUCUGGGGAUGGAUGGCAAGCGGCGGCCAGACCCAGGGCCAGGGCUACCCUCAAAGCGGUCCCGUAAGGACCUCUGGGAUGAGGAUGAGACACCUCAGCCAUCCCAGUUUGAGGAGGACCUGGCUCUGCUAGAGGAGAUGGAGGCAGAGCACAGGCUACAGGAACAGGAGGAAGAGGAGCUACAUUCGGCCCUGGAGGGAGCCACAGAUGGGCAGUUCUCCCUGUCAGCCAUAGACUCCCGCUGGCUUCGGCCCACCCUGCCACCCCCUGACCCCCAAGCAGAGCCCCUCAUCUUCCAACAGUUGGAGAUCGACCAUUAUGUGGGCCCAGCAUGUCCCCUGCCUGGAAGGCCACCGCCAUCCACUGGCUCUGUGCCUGUGCUCCGUGCCUUCGGGGUCACCGAUGAGGGCAUCUCUGUAUGCUGCCACAUCCAUGGCUUUGCGCCUUACUUCUAUACCCCGGCGCCCCCUGGUUUUGGGCCUGAGCACCUGAGUGACCUGCAGCGAGAGCUGAACGUGGCCAUUGGCCGGGACCAGCGCGGGGGAAAGGAGCUUGCUGGGCCAGCAGUGCUGGCUGUGGAGCUGUGUUCUCGGGAAAGCAUGUUUGGGUACCACGGACAUGGCCCCUCCCCAUUUCUGCGCAUCACCCUGGCACUGCCUCGCCUCGUGGCCCCUGCCCGCCGCCUCCUGGAACAGGGCAUCCGUGUGCCAGGCCUGGGCACCCCAAGCUUCGCACCCUAUGAGACCAACGUUGACUUUGAGAUCCGGUUCAUGGUGGACACAGACAUUGUUGGCUGCAACUGGCUGGAACUCCCGGCUGCAAAAUAUACCCUGAGGCUAAAGGCUACAACUCUGUGCCAGCUAGAGGCAGAUGUGCUAUGGUCGGACGUGGUCAGUCACCCCCCAGAAGGGCCAUGGCAGCGCAUUGCACCCCUGCGUGUACUCAGCUUCGAUAUCGAGUGUGCUGGCCGCAAAGGCAUCUUUCCUGAGCCUGAACGGGACCCUGUGAUCCAAAUCUGUUCUCUGGGACUGCGCUGGGGCGAGCAGGAGCCCUUCCUGCGCUUGGCACUCACCCUGCGGCCCUGCGCCCCCAUCCUAGGUGCCAAGGUGCAGAGCUAUGAGAAGGAAGAAGACCUGCUCCAGGCCUGGUCCAACUUCAUCCGCAUCAUGGACCCAGACGUGAUCACUGGCUACAAUAUCCAGAACUUUGACCUUCCAUACCUCAUCUCUCGGGCCCAGACCCUCAAGGUGCAGACAUUCCCAUUCUUGGGCCGUGUGGCUGGCCUCCGCUCCAACAUCCGGGACUCAUCUUUCCAGUCCAAGCAGAUGGGCCGGCGGGAAAGCAAGGUGGUCAGCAUGGUGGGCCGCGUGCAGAUGGACAUGCUGCAGGUGCUGCUGCGGGAGUACAAGCUCCGCUCAUACACGCUCAACGCCGUCAGCUUCCACUUCCUGGGAGAGCAGAAGGAGGACGUGCAACACAGCAUCAUCACCGACCUGCAGAACGGGAAUGACCAGACUCGCCGCCGCCUGGCCGUGUAUUGCCUCAAGGAUGCCUACUUGCCGCUGCGGCUGCUUGAGCGGCUCAUGGUGCUGGUGAAUGCCGUGGAGAUGGCCCGGGUCACGGGUGUGCCCCUGAGCUACCUGCUCAGCCGAGGCCAGCAGGUCAAAGUUGUGUCCCAGCUGUUGCGGCAGGCCAUGCGCGAGGGGCUGGUGAUGCCUGUGGUGAAGUCAGAGGGUGGCGAGGACUACACAGGAGCCACUGUCAUAGAGCCCCUGAAAGGGUACUAUGAUGUCCCCAUUGCCACCCUGGACUUCUCCUCACUGUACCCAUCCAUCAUGAUGGCCCACAACCUGUGCUACACUACACUUCUACGACCUGGUGCUGCCCAGAAAUUGGGCCUGACCGAGGAUCAGUUCAUCAAGACACCCACUGGGGAUGAGUUUGUGAAGACAUCAGUGAGGAAAGGGCUGCUGCCCCAGAUCCUAGAGAACCUGCUCAGCGCCCGGAAGAGGGCCAAGGCAGAGCUGGCCAAGGAGACAGACCCCUUGCGGCGGCAGGUUCUGGAUGGGCGGCAGCUGGCGCUUAAGGUGAGCGCCAACUCUGUAUAUGGCUUCACCGGCGCCCAGGUGGGCAAGUUACCAUGCCUGGAGAUCUCCCAGAGUGUCACUGGGUUCGGGCGUCAGAUGAUUGAGAAAACGAAGCAAUUGGUCGAGUCUAAGUAUACAGUGGAGAAUGGCUACAGCACCAGUGCCAAGGUGGUAUAUGGCGACACUGACUCUGUCAUGUGCCGAUUUGGUGUAUCCUCUGUGGCUGAGGCAAUGGCCCUGGGGCGAGAGGCAGCAGACUGGGUGUCGGGUCACUUCCCAUCACCCAUCCGGCUGGAGUUUGAGAAGGUCUACUUCCCCUACCUGCUCAUCAGCAAGAAGCGCUAUGCAGGCCUCCUUUUUUCUUCCCGGGCGGAAGCCCACGACCGUAUGGACUGCAAGGGUCUGGAGGCCGUGCGCAGGGACAACUGCCCCCUUGUGGCCAAUCUCGUCACUGCCUCACUGCGCCGCUUGCUCAUUGACCGAGACCCAGAGGGUGCUGUGGCCCAUGCGCAGGAAGUCAUUUCAGACCUGCUGUGCAACCGAAUCGAUAUCUCCCAGCUGGUCAUCACCAAGGAGCUGACCCGCGCUGCGGCUGACUAUGCCGGCAAGCAGGCCCACGUGGAGCUGGCCGAGAGGAUGAGGAAGCGGGACCCUGGGAGUGCGCCCAACCUGGGUGACCGCGUCCCCUACGUGAUAAUCGGUGCCGCUAAGGGCGUGGCUGCCUACAUGAAGUCUGAGGACCCCUUGUUCGUGCUAGAGCACAGCCUGCCCAUCGACACACAGUACUACCUGGAACAGCAGCUCGCCAAGCCACUACUGCGCAUCUUUGAGCCCAUCCUGGGCGAGGGCCGUGCCGAGGCUGUGCUGCUGCGGGGUGACCACACGCGCUGCAAGACAGUGCUAACGGGCAAGGUGGGCGGCCUCCUGGCCUUCGCCAAGCGCCGUGACUGCUGCAUCGGCUGCCGCACCGUGCUCAGCCAUCAGGGAGCUGUGUGCAAGUUCUGUCGGCCUCGGGAGUCUGAGCUGUAUCAGAAGGAGGUGUCCCACUUGAACGCCCUGGAGGAGCGCUUUUCCCGCCUCUGGACUCAGUGUCAGCGCUGCCAGGGCAGCCUGCAUGAGGAUGUCAUCUGUACCAGCCGGGAUUGUCCCAUCUUCUACAUGCGCAAGAAGGUACGAAAGGACUUGGAGGACCAGGAGCAGCUUUUGCGACGCUUUGGGCCCCCUGGUCCUGAGGCUUGGUGACCUCAGAAGCACCCAUGAAGAUUAUUUAAUAAAGUU